AUGGCGCCUCAGAUGGACGAGGACAACGAGGCGAUGUCAGGCCGCGGGGCGCUGCUGCCCGGCCACCGCUUCCCCGCGGCCGCCGUGCUGGAGGCUGUGCUGCGGCGGCGCGGGCUGUGGGACGAGCGGAUAGAGGCGGAGCUGUUGUCGGGCUACCGGUAUUGGGAGCUGGAACGGCGCGUCUGCUGCGCCAUGGCGCGGCACGACCUGGCAGCAGCAUGGAGGCAGCGGCGGCAGCACGACCAGGGCACGCAAGAGCAAAGUCACCAACAGCAGCAGCAGCAGCAGCAGCCGCAGCAAGCGGAGGAGGAGCGGAAAAGACAAGGGGCUCCCUGCAAGCCAGGCACGCUCAAGGACCCUGGCAAGCAAGCAACUUGCUCACCCGCACCCGCCCUGGCCACUGCAGCGCCUGUGCCCUUGGACCCAGGCUUCACCUGGCCCGACGCGCUAGCUGCGCACGAGGCCAAGAGCUUUGAUUACCGGCUGCUGCACCUGCUGCUGCACCGGCUGGCGGGUACGGAGUACGACGAGGCGCUGCUGGCCUUCAUGGCGGCAGACGAGCGCCUGGUGGACAUCGGGGACGACCUCACAGACUAUGAGGAUGACGUCAUCGCCAACUCGUUCAACGUGUAUCGUGCGCUGCUGCACCUCCACGGCCCGGACACGGCGGCGCUGCUCCUGGCAGAGCGCAUCUCAGCGCUCGAGGCCGAGCGCGCCCGCCUGCUCACCCGGCUGCCGCAGCGGCAGCGCGAGCUCGUGGUGGCGCGCCAAGAGGCGGCGGUGGAGGGGCAGGGGAGCGACAAGUGGGUGUUCCCGAGGCCCGUGUUGGCGGAGGGGGCGUUUAGGGAGCGCGAGCGCACGCACGAGCUGGAGCAGCGGCACCGGCUGGGCAGCGGGCCCGUAUAG